AUAUUCAAAACUCACAUCUGCAAAGGUUGCACUCAUCAAACAUCAUAGUCUUGAUUUAGGAUCUAUAUCACAAACUAAACUAACGUCAUGACGACUAGCUUGGAAAAAAGAAAGAUGGUGACAGUGCUAAGCAUUGAUGGAGGUGGAAUUAAAGGAAUCAUACCCGGCACCCUUCUUGCCUUUCUUGAAACCAAGCUUCAGGAUUUGGAUGGUCCGAGUGCAAGACUUGCAGAUUAUUUUGAUAUAAUUGCCGGAACAAGCACAGGGGGGUUGGUCACUACCAUGCUUACAGCUCCCAACAAGGACAAUCGACCCAUGUAUGAAGCAAAGGACAUCAACAACUUCUACUUUGAACAAACACCCAAGAUCUUCCCUCAAAAUAGUCAAAAGAACUUCUUGACAUCGAUUCAAAGUGCGGUUGGUGCCGUGAUGGGCCCAAAAUACGAUGGGAAGUACCUGCGCACAAUGACGAACAAGCUGCUCGGUGACCUUACUCUCAAGCAAACUCUAACCAAUGUGAUCAUCCCAGCCUUUGAUAUCAAACACCUUCAGCCUGUGAUUUUCUCAACCAUCGAUGCAAAAGAAAGUUCUCUGAAAAAUCCAAAGCUUUCGGAUAUCUGUAUCAGUACCUCUGCAGCUCCAACUUUUCUCCCCGCACACUACUUCGAGGUCAAGGACAGCCAGGGAACAACCCGUACUUUUGAUCUCGUCGAUGGUGGGGUUGCCGCAAACAACCCUACAAUGAUGGCCAUAAGCCACAUAAACAGAGAGAUGUUGAAGCACGGCUCAGAACCAAUGGAUGCUAAUCGGUUGCUAGUGCUAUCAUUGGGCACAGGCACUGCCAAGUUCGAAGGGAAGUACAGUGCAACCAAGGCCUCAAAAUGGGGUUUGAUCAAUUGGAUGUUUGACAAUGGGAGCACACCUAUGAUCGAUAUCUUUACCGAUGCAAGUUCGGAUAUGGUUGACAUUCAUGUCUCCACUCUCUUUCAGUCCCUCAAUGCCAAAGACAACUACCUACGUGUUCAGGAUGACAGUUUGAUCGGUGAGGAGUCAUCGGUGGAUAUUGCAACGGAGAAAAAUCUGAAGAGGCUUGUGGAGAUCGGGAAUGGGCUGUUGAAAAAGCCGGUGUCAAGGGUAAAUUUGGAUAACGGGAGGUAUGAGAAAUCUGAAGGAGAAGGUACCUAUGAAGAAGCACUGGUCGAGUUUGCCAAACGGCUCGUGGAGGGGAAGAAGCACAGGCAAUACAAAUGAAAGUCCCUGGCCACAUGCAAGAUGGAGGUUCUAGUCUUGCUAUUGUAUCUUAUGUGUGUCUGAAAAGACUGAGUUCAAGUCGAGCAUAGUGGAAGAAUCUUAGGGUUCAAUGGUUUAGGUUCUUCUACGAAUGUGCAAUCUGUUAAUAGAUGGAUUUCUUGUUUAAUUAGUUUCUUAAUUCGGAUCACUGAACGUGCUCAAGUGAAAGAUAAAGCAGUGGUUCUAGAUCGACCUUUAGUCAAUGUGAAGAAUCUUAGGGUUCAAUGGUUUAGGUUCUUCUACGAAUGUGCAAUCUGUUAAUAUAUGGAUUUCUUGUUUAAUUAAUUUCUUAAUUAGGAUCGCUGAACGCUCUCAAGUGAAAAAUAAAACAGUGGUUCUAGACCUCUAGUCAAGGUGAAAUUCCUAAAGUCGAUCCUGUUGUAUGUAAGAG